AUGGACGGUUCCGAGAAUGGACAAGACUCAAUUGCGGAAAAACUACGGCGCCGACUCUUGGAAAAGAUGCUCGCUGAGCGCGAAGCGCUUCGAGAGCAGGAACGGCAGGCGCCAACGACGUCGGGGCCAGCACCGUCUCUGCCAGCGGCAACGCGCUCUACCGACCCAGACGAGGCUACUGAGCCGAGGCAUCAAGUAGCUCGCGAGCUGUCUAUUUCAGACUCGCAGCCAACACCUGCGGAGGUCUCUCAGGGAGCGUUGCCGGCAGCAGGAACCUCGUCGGGACCCGCGCUGGCGAGCGAGCACCAGCGUUUCGAGGCGGCAACUUCGGGGAACGCUGCUUCCACGACCCGGCAGUCUCCGGCUGUCGAGUCUGCAGCGUUAUCGGUACCGGGGAACACCGAGCCUUGGCUCCGCGGACAACCAGCUGGCGACGAUGCGCUGCCUGCUGAAACCAGGCGCUCAGCGAGUCUUUACGGAGCCGGGUGCGUAGAAGACACCGACCGCAACGCUCAUUCUGCCACGGAACUCAAAACGUCGAGUCCGUCGGCACUCCCCGACCCGGAGGAUGCGCAUGCCCUGGCAAGUCGCACGAGUGGGACACCCGAGUCCGGGACUUCGUCUGAGCGCUCGCUGGCCACAUGCUCGGUUUCGCCUGUACUGGGACCCGCCGACUCGUCUGAGCGGCAUGCAGCUAUGCACUGGACAGCGGAUACACCCGAGUUCUUCGUAGGCGCGGAUCAUGGUGCCUCGGCGGAAGCCGUUGAUCCCCAGCCACUGUCAACAAAGACGCAGGACGACAGACACUCACGAGACAGACAGGGCGCGACGGAGCCCAGCUCAUUACCAGGAACGCAAGAAACGGCAUUCGUUCGCAUGGGGUAUUCAGCGGAGGAGCUACAGCGGAUCGAGUGCGCUGUUCAGAGUUUUUGUGCAUAUGCGCUGGCGGUUGCGGAGCGCACAUUUCAGCGUGUGCAACGUGCAGAACGCGAGGUAUCGUAG